CCGCUCCACAGUGCACUACGUGCUUCGCUCUGAAUGUGGUUAUGCUUUCUUGAAGUGCCCCACCUAUUUCUUUGGAAAGGGGAAAUAGGCCUCCUUACUCACACUCUGUUGAAACCUCAGCAAUGGACCAACACUAACAAUAGGCUAUAUGAUGUUACGUAUUUUAAGAAUCUAAGCUACCCACACAUAGACUCAAUGAAGACCAAACAUAUUAGCCGUAAAUACCAUACAUAGCCACAAGGGGAGCCUUACUGAAGGCUGCAAUAGAUACUUUAUCCACAGAGGGCAGCACCACAGACCAAGCGAGGAAACCGAGGAUUACGUCCCACCGGUUUUCUCCAAGUCUUCCGGUCCUCCGAGUCCAUAAGAAAGCCUCCACAUCUUGAAGACAGGUAGAACUCUCAAGGCUAAGCUAGGAUACCGGUGGGUUAGUGUCUUGGAUUAGCUAGGAGAACACUCUCGCACGUGCUAAGGCACAUCUUCAAUCUCUCUUAACUUCAGAGCAUCAGUUUACCAUACCGAAAAUACUUUAUACAAAUAAAGUAUCUCUUUAAAGCUAUUCCUUUGGAUUCGACCCCUCUUUCCUUGAAGAACAUGAUAAUUGGUUGACCCCGACGUUCGUGGAAAGUCCGGACCGAGACUGGCGACCGCGAGGCCGUUCGGAAAGCAGUACAAGCUACUUACAGGCGCCACAACAAAGAGGACCGACGUGGGGCCCAGUGGCACCACCUGAGCCGGUGCCGCAAAGCAGAUACUCCUGGCAGAUCGUGGACUGAGACCCUGACCGACCUAGCUGCACUCCAAGCCAAGUACAAACACCCCUCAUCCCAAGACGAUGGGCCACAGCGUGCCCUUAGGAAAGUACCUGGUAGGAUUCCUUCUGGUAGUCCUGUUCCAAGAAGGAGCGGGAGACAACAUCGCCAGGUACCCACCGCCUAAACCAACAACAACAGGUCAGGUCUCGUUAAAGUACUGUCGAGGGAUAGAAAGUAUCUUUGAGCUGAAUUUUUGUGAUAUGCUGCCCUGUGGGACCAGGAAGGACCAGGUCUACCAGGCAGAAAAGUACAUGUGCGUAAGCACCAGACGAGACGGUAGCUACAUGAGAGAUUAUUCCUGCGGGGCGUGGUUUCAGGCGUCGUGGCUUACCCAUCCUGGGUACAAGGAGGGCUAUUAUCCCCUGAGGUCCAACUACAAGGAAAUCCAAAAGGGAAUCUCCCUUACCAGAAGAUUAUAUGGCUAUAAAGAAGUCUGGAGCAAUAAUGGUCUAGCAGUCAAGGGAGAGUCAAUAUUCAUAAAGCUAAGGGCAGAUUUACUCAUUCCCGAAAACAGAUCUCAUAAGACAGACAAAGGCCUGGUUUUUCUAACGUUAAGGGCGGAUACUUAUGGGGAGGACCUAAAGGUAGUUAUCCAUCUAUCAGGAGUUGCAUGCGGUCCCAAUAAAUUUCCAUCUAGAGGGACGUAUGAUUCCUUAGGAGCGCCUCAUCUCUCACCACCCCCGGUAGUGCACCCAAAUGGAGGGACGCACGAAGAAUAUUGGGAGGUAAAGACGGGUGAGCUUGAUCAGAACAUGUGGUUAAAAUGGAUGAACUACACGGCCCGGGCCCAGGGCAAGACCAACUGCAUUAUCUGUGCCGCCGGCCGCCCCUCCUUGACCACAGCCCCCGCUAGAAUCACCCCGCAUAAUUCACCGCAAGGUUUUGUUUGUCUAUUGGAAUUAUUCGUGGACGGCCACAUCCCAGGGUGCACAAUUGCAAUAAAAUCCAGACUAAAUAACAUGUAUCCUCAGACCCCGAUUAGAUCUUUACCCCCAAGAUUUGAAGUUAAUUUAACUCCGGACUAUCAUUGUAUCACAGGAAGGGGAACAGGGAGAAAGGUGGGAUCAUUUCCUCUUGACUCUUGUAACACCACUAGAGAGAUAAAAUUGUUGUCCAAUAUGACCCGUGCCCGUAGUGAUAUAUGGUGGUUCUGUGGAGGUCUGAUCCUCAGGGGAGUUCUCCCCUUUGAAUUCUCAGGAACAUGCGCAAUCAUACAGUUAAUAAUGCCCAUCUACAUUUUACCCGAUAGCAAGACGGUGAUGGAUCUCACAUUAUCCAGCAACGGUGGUCUCCCGGACUUGACCCGUCGGAAACGAGAGUAUGCACCAGUCCCGGGUAGUUUUGAUAAAAACAUAUACAUAGACGCAAUAGGAGUACCCCGAGGGGUCCCCAACGAACAUAAAGCCCGGAAUCAGGUAGCGGCAGGAUUUGAAUCAGUUCUAUUUUGGUGGUCUACUAUUAAUAAAAAUGUUGACUGGAUAAAUUACAUAUACUAUAAUCAACAACGGUUUGUUAAUUUUACAGAAGAGGCAGUCAAAGGACUGUCCGAACAAUUGGAUGCCACCUCCCGGAUGACCUAUCAGAAUAGGCUAGCUUUAGAUAUGUUAUUAGCAGAACGAGGAGGGGUGUGCGGGAUGAUAGGGACAACAUGUUGUACAUUUAUCCCCAAUAACACAGCACCAGAUGGGUCCGUGGCCAGGGCAUUGGCUGGACUGCAAUCCCUCAAGUUGGAGUUGGCCGAGAACUCCGGUAUUGGUGACCCAAUAGCUGGAUGGAUGGAGAACCUGUUUGGUAGGUGGAGAGGUAUGAUCCAGUCAGUACUCAUCGCGGGAAUAAUGGCAGUAGCCGUGUUAAUUGUUGUCGGCUGCUGUUGUAUUCCCUGCGCACGAGGGCUACUGAAUCGGCUGAUCACCACAGCAUUGGGCGCCACAAAAGUGCCAGGUGACAUUCAUGCUUACGUAGGAAUCAGAUAUAAUCCGUUGAACUUCAAUGAGAUACCACCUGAGGAACCUGAACCUAUCCAAUUACAAUAUAUAGAAUAAAAUGCCACCAUUUGUAGCACCUGUGUCUAAGAUAAUCAACAUCCUGGAUUUACUUGAAUAAUUAAUUAUUGAACCACCAAGACGAAUUGUGUUUGUUAUUAUAUAGUAUUGUUUGGUUAUGAGUACAACUCGUUAUUUCUGAAUCGCUGCAUUAAUAAUGGUACAGUUGAUCUUCUUUGAGGCGAUUGUUUUACAGGCCACCUGUUACUGACACGACGACGACGGAGAACCUGUUUGAAGGCUCCCAUGAUGUAGGAGUAACCCCUCUGAGUUGAGCCCUUGACAAGGAGGGACGAGUCUUGGGUUCAUGAAUUACAGGCCAGACGGCGACAGAAAAAACAAUGACUGCAAUAAAUCUAUGCCCAAACCACCCACAUGAACCGGCGCACCAAUACACGAAGAUCACCUGAACCCCCCAAAUCCAUGAUAGCUUGUCAAUUAUUUUGAAAUUUUAAAAUUGUAUUAUGUCUACCAAUUUUUACUUUACUUUUACACAUGAUGAAAAUUGUAUGGCCUUGUAGCACAUAACCAAAAGUAUUAGCUCAGGAUUUCUAUGAAUGGUUUUGUUUGUGUGAUAUUUGGCCAUGUGAUUUUAUGAUAACAAGAUUUAUGUUCAUUGUUAAAUAAUGACCUGUAUUUCCAAUGAGACCCACAAGGUGGAUGCCAUUUCAGUAUUAUGAGCCCGUUGUGGUUUUUCCCCUCUAUUCAAGAGUUUUCCACAACGGUAGAUGGUGUUGAUCCUAAUUUGACUGUUUUCGGUGUGGUAAAUGGUGUUUAUGAUUUAAAAUAUUAUUGUAUGGUCAUCUGAGAUGACCAAGGAGGGACUGUUACGUAUUUUAAGAAUCUAAGCUACCCACACAUAGACUCAAUGAAGACCAAACAUAUUAGCCGUAAAUACCAUACAUAGCCACAAGGGGAGCCUUACUGAAGGCUGCAAUAGAUACUUUAUCCACAGAGGGCAGCACCACAGACCAAGCGAGGAAACCGAGGAUUACGUCCCACCGGUUUUCUCCAAGUCUUCCGGUCCUCCGAGUCCAUAAGAAAGCCUCCACAUCUUGAAGACAGGUAGAACUCUCAAGGCUAAGCUAGGAUACCGGUGGGUUAGUGUCUUGGAUUAGCUAGGAGAACACUCUCGCACGUGCUAAGGCACAUCUUCAAUCUCUCUUAACUUCAGAGCAUCAGUUUACCAUACCGAAAAUACUUUAUACAAAUAAAGUAUCUCUUUAAAGCUAUUCCUUUGGAUUCGACCCCUCUUUCCUUGAAGAACAUGAUAAUGACAAGAUAUUCUGUGUGUCCCCAUGAGGCAAGGCGUGAAUUGAAACCAAAUCCU